GUGGUUAGACGACGCUGUUACGUGCUGCGCUGCGCAAAGCUCCCCGUUGCUGGGCGCGAUAGCUCGGCAUAUAGAUACGUGAGAUGGCGUCGUCGACCGCGUUCUUGGGUCCCCUUGAGGUAUUUUACUCUGGCUUGCUUUUGCCGUGGUGCGCUUUAUGGUGUCGUUGGCUUGACGCGCUCUUCUUCUUUCUGCUAUCUUUCAACUCUCAGUUGCGACGUCGUGGGCUGGCUAGCUGAACUGAACUGCGCACGUUGUCCUGGCGCCUGCAAUUGCAAUCGAAGAGCAAGGGCUUCUGGACUGGUUCGUUGAGAUGGAGAAGCUUAACGCGGAGGAAAAGCAGAGCAAUGGAGCGCUUGCGGACGACAACGUGGGCGUGGGAGAGGUGCUGAAUGCGAGCGGGCAUAAGCAGGAGCUGGAGCGGCAGUUUAGUCUGCUGUCGAUUUGCUCGAUUGGGAUUACGACGGGGAAUGUUUGGGCGGCGUUGGGGGGCUCGAUUGUCAUUGCGCUGUAUAAUGGUGGCCCUGCUGGUGUCAUCUAUGAGUUCAUCGCCGUGUCGGUUUUCUACUGGAUGAUUGCGUCGUGCAUCGCGGAGAUGGCGUCGGCGAUACCGUCGAGCGCGGGUGUGUAUCAUUGGGCUUCUAUAACUGCGGGCAGCUACGGCAGAGUCGUCGGAUAUUUCGCGGGAUGGUGGAAUUUCUUCGGCUGGGUCUUCGGCACCGCCAGCAUGUCUGCCAUCCUCGCCAACCAAGUCGUCUCCAUGUACGGCCUCUUCCACAACGAGUUCGCCUACCAGCGCUGGAACGUCUUCAUCGCCUACCUGAUCAUCACCUGGAUCGCCUGCUGCAUUGUCAUGUUUGCGAACCGCGCGCUCCCGACUAUUACAAACGUUGGCCUGUUUCUGAUUCUGGCGGGCUGCUUGAUUACGAUUCUCGUGUGUGCGAUUAUGCCGAGCCAAACGGGCAAGGGAUAUGCGACGACGAGUUUUGUGUGGAAGGAGUGGAGUAAUCAGACGGGGUGGACGAGUGAUGGGUUUGUGUUUUGCGCGGGCAUGUUGAAUGGAGCUUAUGCCGUUGGAACGCCGGACUGCGUCUCCCACCUCGCAGAAGAACUCCCCCGCCCGCGCAUCAACAUACCCAAAGCCAUCCUCGCCCAAUACGUCGUCGGCUUCAUCACCGCCUUCCUCUACGUAAUCACCAUCUUCUACGCCGUCAACGACCUAGACUCGCUCUUCAGCAACCCCUGGCCCUUCCCGCUCGCCGAGCUCUACCGACAAGCCACAAACUCGCACGGCGGCAGUCUCGGCCUCCUUAUCGUGAUCUUCCUGCCCACCUUCUGCACAUGCAUCGGCUGCUACAUCACCUCCGGCCGCAUGCUGUGGACCCUCGGCCGCGACAACGCGACGCCCUUCUCCGCCUGGAUCGGCCACGUCAACCCGCGCUUCCAGAACCCGCUCAACGCCACGCUCGCCUGCGGCUUCAUCAACACCGCGCUCGGCUGCAUCUACGUCGGCAGCACCACCGCCUUCAACGCCUUCGUCGGCUCCUUCAUCGUGCUCACCACUACCUCGUACCUCGCCUUCAUCCUGCCCAACCUCGUCACGCGCCGCAGGCACGUCAUCCCCGGCCCCUUCACCAUGCCGGACCCCCUGUACUAUGCUAUCGCCGGCACGGCGACGGCGUACAUGUGCGCGUUCAUCGUGAUUUAUUGCUUCCCGUAUGCGGUGCCGUUUGACGCGACGAGCAUGAAUUACUCGUGUUUGAUCGUGGGCGGGUUGAGUCUUUUUGUGGCGGGCUGGUGGUUUUGGAUAAGGAACGGGGGCUAUGUGGGCCCGCAGGCUAUGAUUGAGGAGGUGGAGAGGAGGCUGAGUGUCGGCGAGGGGGUGGUGGCGGGCGCGGGGCGGAGGAUUAGUGUGGAGAAGACGUAGAUGGCGGGAAGAGUCGCGAGUUUUUGCAUGUGUAUUAGAGGAUCGGUUUAUGGGGGGCGGGUUGCUCCUUCCUCCGAGAGGUCGAAUUGUGUUGGUUUAUUGAGUGACGCGAGAGCGCCCGAUCUAUCUUCUCUGCUCUACCUUUCUUCGCUUCAGCUAACAUCUCUAUCUAGCAUCUUCAUUUGCUCUAAGGCGCUCCUCGCGAAACAUCCAUCGUCUAUGCCGAUUCGUCGGAUAUCCUAUGAGGAGCUUGAGACGAUCCGCAUCGGCUUGUACCUCCUAUUCUCUCUUCUCUUUGGUCCCUCGUAAAAUCUGCCAUCUCU